AUGUUCGCGACGGUGGCCAGGCUGUCCAAGGCCUCUAGGGCGCCUCUGACACCAAAGAGGGGAAACAAAGACUUUUACAAGGGAACCAGGCAAGCGUUUCUUCCCGGUGGACGAAGAACCGGUGCGCCUGGUAAACAUGUUAUUGGUGGAAAGGCGAAAUACCGCCUCGUGGACGAGAAAGUCAGGGUCUACGUCGCACCUCCUCUGGAGGAGAUAGAGAACAGCGUUCUAAAACCGUAUGUUGCUCUCGGAACAAGGCUCAACGAAAAUCAGGAGAUGGCUAUCUUCAGCAAAUUCCGGACCACUGGGGGUCUAUCGCCCCGGCAUUUCUUGCGCGUUGCUAGAGAACACACGUAUGCAGAGAUGAAUCCUUCAGCACCUAUUCAACCCCUCAAAACCCAACCACUAUGGAUGAAGGCCCAGAGAAAGCUGGAAAUGAUGCCCGAAACCCCCCCUACUAUAGAAGAGGUGAAUGCCCUUGUGUCAGCAACGGACCGACAACCGGGUGCCAGGUUCAAGACCAGAGGUUUGAGAGAGUUGGAGGAAGUUGUGCCUGAGAAGCCAUGGUGA